AAGAAAGCACACAAAAACUUUUAAAUAAUAAUUUGUUUCUUUUUAAUCAAAUAUACAUACAAGGUGUAACCACUCAAAAACGACUGAUUAACUGAUAAUGUAUAGAACAGCAUUGUAAAAUAAUAUUAAAAAUUAAAUUAACAAAUCGUUAUCCAACACUGCCUUUUUACAGAGAAACGAAUAACAAAACCAAUCUUCGGCGCGUUAAAAAAUUUAAUAUUUAAUAAUUAAUAAGACAAACCGACGUUUCGAUAUCACCAAUCACUGUUUGGAAGCCCUGUUCUUAUAAACAUUCGGUAAAUUUAAGUAUUUGCAAAGGAAAAAAAUAAAAUCAAAAACACAAAAAUUAUAGAAACUCCAAAGCCGUGAUAUUAGAUAUUUUCGAUUUUUACUAUAACAUAUAUAUACACCGUAUACAAUUUAUCGGAAACUAUAUUCGUCCAAAAUUUUUAAUAGUUAUACAUUAUACACUGCGAAAUUACGGACUAUUUGUACAAAGAAAAUAUUAAAUUAAGAACGUAAUUUAGUGAUUAGCCUGAUAAAUAAUAUAAAUUCCGUCGUAAGUAAAGUGCCUCCAAUUUCUACAAAAGGAAAACAAAUAAAAAUUAAAAAUUAAAAUAAAAAAGUAGUUAAACAUAAACUAAGAACUGUUAAUAUAAUAAUUAAGUGCUUUAGUGAACACAGAGAGAGAAGAUAAAAGUAAAAUAAAAUUACCUUAAAGUGCAAUAACGUAAAAUAAUUUAACGCUGAAACGAACCGUCACUGCCUUACCAGCCGAAUCGGUAGAAAAGCGAUACCGUUCAGCGCAGCUCUCUCUUACCGACUGACAGAAUACUUUUCACGAGCGUGGCACACAAACACACGCUGGCACUGGCGGAAGUUUGCAGUGGCUCUGCCUUAUCGGCGAUGCCAUUUAUCGAUGACGCACUACUCUGGUGUCCGGAUAAUGAUGGCCGUAUGGUUGGUGGCUUAGAUAUCGCUCCAUGCAUGCAAGAGGAAGCCGCCACUGGCAGCAACAAUGAGAAUGGCAACGAAUCUACACAACUCGAUGAACGCAACACGGAACUCAACUCACUUGAACCGCUCUGCACUGAGUCUUCCGAUGAACUAUUCCGCCAAUUGUCUGAAAGCAAUUUCGAAAUCGAGAGCUUACUGUCGGACCUGGCCACAGUUGAGGUUAAAGUAAAUAGCAAUUUUAUUGAAUUGAAUUUGAAAUUAGUCUAACGUGUUUA